UAUGUAAUCUGGAAACAAUAUUUUUGUUUUCACUCAACAAGACUUCUAAAACUGUUUUGUUGUGAAUUUGAACCAACCUUUGGGUUAAGGACAUGAUGCAAGAGUCUAUUUAGCUAUGCAUAAGAAAACUGGGGAAAUGUUUGCUUUAAAAGUUCUGACUAAUUUAUCACAGAAUCACAUAAUAAAUCUCCAGGUUUAAUUACAAUUUAUUUAGCGAACGAAAUACAAAUUCUUAAAGGCAUAGAUCACACAGGAAUAGUCUUGUUGAAA